CCGAGAAAGGGGAAAUGGCCUGGGGGGGCGCUGAGUCAGGGUGCUGGGGCUCAGUCAGCCGCGCGGGCGGGCCGCGGGGACGCCAGGGGACAGCCGCUGUGCUCCCAGGGGCGCCUGCUGGCUGCCGGCGGCCCCAGGAUGGAGCGUGCGGGCACGUGCGGUGACCCCAGGGAGGAGCUGGACCUGCUGCUGACACACGUGCACGUGUCCGACGUGCUGGACAUCAUGGAGAGCCUGUACUGCGGCGAGGAGACGGCGGCGCCGGAGCCCGGCUCCAGGACCUCGCGCCAGGACAGUCACCAGGACCAGGGGCACUCGGACCCCGUCCUGCUCAGCGCUCCGGAGCGGCCCGGGCCGGCCUCGGUCAGGUACGGCACCGUGGACGACCUGCUGGCCUUCGCCAACCACAUCUCCAACGCUGCCCAGCGGCUGUAUGGGCACCGAUGCCAGGAAUCUGGGAUCCUGCUGAACAUGGUGAUCGCCCCCCAGAACGGACGUUACCAGAUCGACUCAGACGUGCUCCUGGUGCCCUGGAAGCUCACCUACCGGAGCAUCGGCUCUGACUUCAUCCCCCGUGGUGCCUUCGGCAAGGUGUACCUGGCGCAGGACAUGAAGACGAAGAAGCGGAUGGCGUGCAAGCUGAUCCCGGUGGAGCAGUUCAAGCCCUCGGACGUGGAGAUCCAGGCCCGCUUCCAGCACGAGAACAUCGCCGAGCUGUACGGGGUGGUGCUGUGGGGCGAGACGGUGCACCUGUUCAUGGAGGCGGGCGAGGGGGGCUCCGUGCUGGAGAAGCUGGAGAGCUGUGGGCCCCUGCGUGAGUUCGAGAUCAUCUGGGUGACCAAGCACGUGCUCAAAGGACUGGAUUUCCUGCACUCCAAGGGGGUGAUCCACCAUGACAUCAAGCCCAGCAACAUUGUCUUUACGCCCACAAAGGCCGUGCUGGUGGACUUUGGCCUGAGUGUUCAGAUGACAGAAGACAUCUAUUUCCCUAAGGACCUUCGAGGAACAGAGAUCUACAUGAGCCCGGAGGUGAUCCUGUGCCGUGGCCACUGCACCAAGGCCGACAUCUACAGCCUGGGCGCCACCCUGAUCCACAUGCAGACGGGCACCCCCCCCUGGGUGAAGCGCUACCCCCGCUCGGCCUACCCCUCCUACCUCUACAUCAUCCACAAGCAGGCCCCCCCACUGGAGGACAUUGCGGGGGACUGCAGCCCCGGCCUGCGUGGCCUGAUGGAGGCCGCCCUGGAGAGGAACCCCAACCUGCGGCCGCCGGCUGCCGACCUGCUGAGGCACGGUGCCCUACACCCGCCCCGGGAGGACCAGCCGCGCUGCCAGAGCCUGGACUCGGCCCUCCUGGAACGGCAAAGGCUGCACGGCCGCCAGGAGCCGGCACUGCCAGAGAAUACCGCGGAUUCCUCCUGCACUGGAAUCACGGAGGAGUCAGAGGUGCUGCGGAGGCAACGCUCUCUCUACAUAGACCUGGGGGCGCUGGCCGGCUACUUGAGCCUGGUGCGGGGGCCCCCGACGCUGGAGUACGGCUGAGUGAGGCCGGUGAGGCUGGUGAGGCUGGUGAGGCCGGUGAGGCUGGUGAGGCCGGUGAGGCUGGUGAGGCCUCCACCCCCAGCCCCUCUGUGGCGGCUCAGGGCUCUGCCAUGUCAACUGCCACGUUCUCCCCGACUGGUGAAUGUUCACCCCUCCAGCGUGUGGGGAGCUGCCCGGGGCCGACACAUCUCACCGUCCUCGCUUCCAUCUCCGGUGGCUCCGAACGUCCGGGAGGCUGUGAGUUCCCAGAAGAGCCAUUUCCGGGCUGGUUCCGCUCACUGUGCAGUCUGCCCAGAUCCUAAAAACAACCCGAGACGAUCUGGUGGCCUGUGAUGGUCCUGUUGGCUUUGGUUCCAGCCUGGGGUCUCCGUUUAACUCAGGAGCCACUUUGUGUGCGCCGCUGUCUGUAGGGCCUCAUCUAAAGUCUCUCACAGCGGUCAACAAGACUGGACAGCUAGCUGGACAGCGUCCUCACGGUGGUGGCUGCUGAGUGGGCCGCCCCCGCAGACCCUGGUGGCAGGCGCUGUCAUGUUCCUAUGGAAACGGUUGUGGAGUACGUGCUAUGCCUCAGACAUUUGAAACGUCAUGUUUUGAAUGUGAAUAAAACUGUGUGAACCACAUAAUUUCUGUACAUCCCAAAGGAUGACACUGUGACCUCUAAAGAAAAUAACACACGUGUAAAUUCUUAACAGAGCUGCUUUAAUCCUUCAAGCCACCUCCUCUGAGCACCAUCUGUGGAAACGCCAUACCGUGUAUGUCUUCCGCUGGAUGCCUGCCUGACUCUCCCUCACACCUAUUUUUAACACGAUGUGUCAGGAUACUCCUACUUAAAGCGGGUUUUGAAAUCAUGCAAAUGAAACCAACACUUGCCCAAUAUCGUUGGCCAGAUCAACUGAAUAAAUGUAGUAUUUUUGCCUUA